UUCACCUUCCAUUUUUCCUCCUUGUUUGUAAUAUAUAGAAGAGUUUAAGUAAAACAUUCUCAAUGAGAUAAAGACACAGAAUAUUCAAGAAAAUUGCCAAAAAGGAAGAAAAGUUUUUUCUUCUUCUUGUGGUUCUUGUUCUUCUUCAAAGUUCUAACCUAACCACUACAUUUAAAUCCUUUGAUCUUAUUCUACACAGAGUUUCCACAGAUUUUUAACCAUGUUGAAUCAAAGUUUGUUUGAGGAUCAAGAUUUCUCAUCCCAACUUGGAUUCUUUUCUUUUCCUUCUUCCAAUACUUUUUGCAGCUUAGCCUUUGGCAGCUGCAACAACAAUGGUUCUCAAACUGCUCCAAAAACUCUUCUUCCAGAUCAUCAUGCUGCUCAAGUAACACUUUCUGAAUCUGCUAAGCUUAAAGAAGAUGCGACGUCUCGUUACUUUGGUGAAUCCCAACUCCUCUCUUUGCAAGGAUCUCGUGCAAAUCUCUGGGCUUGGGGAGAAGUGAAUGACUGCAUGAUUACCAAGAAGAAUAUGAUGAAUGGAGGUGUAGAGAAUAAUAAUUUUCUGGGAGUUGCAUCCAUAAAGAUGAAGAAGAUUAAGUCAUCCAGGAGGAAAGUAAGAGAGCCCAGAUUCUGCUUCAAGACAUUGAGUGAAGUGGAUGUGUUGGAUGAUGGUUAUAAGUGGAGAAAAUAUGGACAGAAAGUUGUCAAAAACACACAGCAUCCCAGGAGCUACAAUGAAACUGCAAUGUCAUUUAGUACAAUGCCCCAAUGUGCAUAGUGCUGUCCACAAGGUUUAAAAAAAAAAGAAAAGAAAAGAAAAGAGAGAAACAAAUAGGAGCCCACACUCAAAGUUUAAAGCAACUCUAUAUGUGAUGAUGAAUCCAGCAAUUGCCAGUUUGCUACCAUCGAUCUGCUCCCACAAUUUUUGCUCCAUUGUUUUCCAUUUCCCUUUUCCCCAAUAUCAUUUUGGAAUUUCUUUUAUAGAUCUUUUUACCUUGUACUAGGUAACAGGAUAGAGUUAGAUACAUUGGCCUAGAUCUUUUUACCUUGUACUAGGUAACAGGAUAGAGUUAGAUACAUUGGCCUACCAACACAUAUGAAAGAUCGAAUUCCCAAAUAUAUUACUCAUUUCGUCACGAAAAAAAAUAAAAAACAUGUUUCCUGUAAUAAUUUCAUUCAAAAAAAUAUGACUAUAUUUUGAUAGAGUUGUCAUUUGAUAUGUUUUUUUCCCUCUUCUCUUUUGGAUUUAUCUAUAUAAAAUCAGGUACUCCGUCUUGUUUGUUAUUUACAAGUGUUAGUCGUGUAUUAUGUGAAAUACUUUAUUUUAUGUAAACUAGCUAGAUACUGAAAAUUCUGCCUAUUUUGAGUUAUGAUGUAG